CAUGGCAUUGUGAUGCUGACAACCAACUGAGUGAAGUCAUAAAGAAGACACCUUGCUAUUAUAGUGUUAUAAAGGAUAUAAUACUAACUUGACCUAAAUGUAAUGCAAUUUCAUUUCCAAUAAAUAAGCAUGUAAUAAACAAUGUUGCAAGUAGCAUACAAAUGAUACAAUGUUGACAUUAACAUCUCAGACACUGUUUACCAUAUGCUCCUUGAGCAAUGGCAGAUUAUAAAAACUGUGGCCAAGGCAGAGGCAUGUCUCAGUAGAGUGAGAGAGGGACUGAACAGAGUACACAGAGAAGGGAAUUGUAAAACUUUGAACAGGCUCAUCUGAGACUUUCUGAGCUGCGGUGUGUGACUAAACUGGAGAAGAAUGAAAGGCAUGUGCUAUUUUACCAAUGUGGUCCUGUUCUGCAUAGCCAGUGGAGCAAGUGGAUGGGUCAUCCAUAACUCGACAGAUUCCACUUCAAUAGCCAAUUUCACCGACAUGAACUCUGUGCUCACCCUCAAGGCUAGACGGAAACGCUGGAUUUCACAAAGCGACAUGCUUGCCAUCCUUGACUAUCACAAUAAAGUCCGUGCAAAUGUCUUUCCACCUGCUGCAAAUAUGGAGUAUAUGGUGUGGGAUGAAGGCCUUGCCAGAUCUGCUGAAGCCUGGGCAGCCACAUGUCUCUGGGAACAUGGACCACCAUUUCUACUGAGAUACCUGGGACAGAACCUGUCGGUCAGAACAGGGGGAUAUCGCUCCAUUCUGCAGCUGAUCAAACCUUGGUAUGAUGAAGUCAGUGAUUAUAUGUUUCCAUACCCUCGUGACUGCAAUCCCAGGUGUCCUAUGAGGUGCUCUGCACCGAUGUGUACACAUUACACACAGAUGGUGUGGGCUACAACAAACAGAGUUGGGUGUGCAGUUCAAACUUGUUAUAACAUGGUUGUCUGGGGAGCCAUGUGGAGACAAGCAACAUACCUGGUCUGCAAUUAUUCCCCAAAGGGGAACUGGGUAGGAGAACCGCCCUACAGAGUUGGCAUCCCAUGUUCAGCAUGCCCACCAAGCUACGGAGGCUCCUGUAGUAACAACCAAUGUUUCCCUGCAAUAAUGUCCAACUACAUGUACUGGUUCAAGUAAACCAUUUUGACAUCUGUUUAAAUAAUGAACUGUCAGAUAUCAUAAUUUCACAUGGCUUCAAAUGUCAAAUGUAUUUUCCCAAGUACUUUACAUGUACAAUGUACCUUUUUAUACAAUUACACAUUUAGAAUUAUAAGCUACAUUUGAUUUGGUUUUGAGAUGUAAAUGAGUAUCAUACAUUGUUAUGUUGUAGCGUACAACUUAUUGUUGUCUUACCAUCAUAUUGAUGGUCAAAUGUAUUGAUCAGCAAUCAUGUUGUUUUUGUUGGUGACUUUUGAUUGACUAUUUGGUACAGAGGUCAAACCUACAGUAGCAAAUGUCAGUAGCAUUUUCAACAUUGAUAAAUAUAGUUUUAUUAAAGAUUUACUGUAUUUUUGUACUUCUAAAGUGUUUUCCAGAACAUGAAUUACAUGUUGUUGUUUUUAUUUACAUGAUGCUUCAUAUUUUUACACCAUUGAAUUUCACUUAUAUUUGUGUUCAUGUAAUU